AUGAUAUACACUGAGGAAGUAGCAUUAAUUGGACAAUCUGGAAACAUUGUUUUGACACUCCUGCAACCAUACUUAGGAAAGAAUCAUACACUUAUUACUGACAACUGAUCUCGCUAUAUAUAAUGCAUAUAUUUUUCACAAAAGUGCUAGUAAUAAAACUGAAAUAUUUGAAAAAUUUCAUCUCAUAAAAGAUAUUUUACAAAAAUAUCCACCAUGCAAAGUAGAGGCUAAAGGAGGAAGAGUUCAUUCAGACGACCUUUCAUUUGGAUUAACGGAGAAACAUUUCCCGACAUUCUGCAUAAGUAGAGAAAAUAAUAAACAUUCUUCACGGCGAAAAUGCAUUAUUCGCGCUAUGAAUGCAGAGAGUGUAACAUUGGCCUAUUCAGCCCAGCGUGUGCUUUGUCGUAAAAAGUGGGCAGCCCACAGCACACACUUAACGUCGCACAACUCGGCGCUCAAAGAGUUAAUCUCGUUAGAUGCCAACGCGAAAUCGUCGCUCUCGGGGUCCCCAGAGUUCAGAGGAAAGAGGCGUCCAGGUCGAGGAGCUCAUGCAAGCAUUUGCCUUCACGUUGCGAAUGACGCUGUGCAGCCGCCUACCUAUUGGACGUCCAGAGGAUUAUCAUACAUCGAUGUCACCCUGGCGUCACUCGAAAUGCUCCGUUUCGUCGGCAGCUGGAGGAUCAGGACCGACUGGACGAGUAGCGAUCACAACGCGGUAGAGAUCUUUCUGAGGCCGCCGAAAACCACAGAGGCUGAACGGCGUGUUGGAAGCAGGAAGUUCGACACUCGGGAUCGAUACGUCGAAUGCCUGGCCGAUCACUCUCGCUCGAGGCUGGAGGCACUCAGACUAGAUUCUGCUGGAGACGUCGAACAUAUGGCGACUGCGCUCACUGGCGUCAUUGUCGAUGCCUCGGAAAAGUUUUGUUAA